AUGGGGCGCGGUGUAUUUGCAGUGACCAUUUGGAUAUUUCAUUUCGCACUGCUUUGUUUUUCUGGUUGUGCCCGCGCGCAGCUGUCGUUCAACGUCGCUGAGGAGGCGGACAAAGGGACGGUGGUGGGGAAUCUGGCAAAAGAUUUAAACCUCAAUAUAAACAUUUUGCGAAACCGGGAGCUAAGGAUUCUGUCUGAUAAUUUGAAGAAAUAUUUUGACGUGGAUUUAAAAACUGGGGAGUUGUUUGUGUGCGACAGGAUUGAUCGUGAAGAGCUUUGUCCACGCAUGGAAAAAUGCACGCUCCACAUAGAAGCCAUUCUGACGAAUCCGACACAGCUGCAUCGUCUAGAAGUCCACGUUGCUGACUUAAAUGACAACGCACCGUUCUUCCGCGAGAAAAGUUAUAUUUUUAAUAUUUUUGAAUCAUCCUCGACGGGAGAGAGGUAUCUACUCCCGGUGGCAAAUGACCCAGACUGGGGCAUUAAUUCCAUAAAGAACUAUAGACUAAGUUCAAAUGAGUAUUUCUCACUAGAUGGAGGACAACAAAGUGAGUCUGCAGAGCUUGUGCUACAGAAGCCAUUAGACAGGGAGAAAGUAUCAACUAUUCAUCUUACUUUGACUGCGUUUGACGGAGGGAGACCUUCUUUGUCAGGGUCAGUGGGCAUAGUAGUACAUGUCAUAGACACUAACGACAAUGCUCCCAUAUUCAGUCAACCUCUGUAUAAAGCACAGAUCGUUGAAAACUCACAACCUCAUACAUCUGUGCUGACCGUUACUGCCACAGAUUUAGAUGAAGGAACGAACAGUGAGGUCACGUAUUCAUUUAUAGAAAGGGGGGAUUUCAACCCAUCGUCUUUGUUCUCAAUUAACCCGGAAACUGGACUGAUUACAGUAGAGGGAAAUAUAGACUAUGAAAAAAACAUCGCGUUUGAUAUUCGUAUUCAAGCCACCGAUAAAGGCACGCCCCCCAAAAGUGUACACGGUAAAGUACUGAUAGAAGUGAUUGAUGUUAAUGACAAUGUGCCGGAGAUCAUAGUGACUCCCCUUUUAAAUCCAGUGAGAGAGGACGCGGAGGCCGGGACAGUUGUAGCACUUGUUACGGUUUCAGACAAAGAUGGAGGUAAAAAUGGAGUCACUGUUACUUCUAUUCUAGGCUCAGUGCCCUUUAAACUCAAAGUGAAUUAUAAGAGUUAUUAUUCUUUGGUUGUGGAUGGGCAACUGGACAGAGAAAGACUUUCUCACUAUAAAGUUACGAUUGUUACCACUGAUGAAGGCGCACCCCCUUUAUCUAGUAACAGGCUAAUAUCUGUAGAUAUUUCUGACGUGAAUGACAAUGCACCACACUUUUCAAACUCAGUCCUUGGAGUAUAUAUCAAAGAAAAUGCUCCGAUAGGAUCAAUAAUUUGCACUCUCAGUGCUUCAGAUCUUGAUAAAGACGAAAAUGCCAAAAUCACAUACUCAUUAUUCAAAAAUGCUCAUGCGUCAUAUGUAAGCGUCAACUCUGAGACAGGAGACAUAGUCACGCUACAGUCUUUUAACUUUGAGGAGCUCAAAACGUUUCAGUUUAAGGUUCAGGCCACAGACUCUGGUGUCCCUCCACUCAGCAGCAACGUGACUGUGAACGUUUUUAUUCUGGAUGAAAAUGACAAUAGCCCCACGAUCCUGGCGCCCUAUUCUGAGCACGGCUCCGUUAACAGUGAGAGCAUCCCCUACUCCGCUGAAGCGGGCUACUUUGUGGCAAAGAUCAGGGCUGUAGACGCAGACUCUGGCUACAACGCGCUGCUUUCUUAUCACCUGACUGAGCCCAAAGGGAACAACCUGUUCCGGAUCGGGACCAGCACCGGAGAGAUCCGCACCAAGAGGAGGAUGAGUGACAAUGACCUGAAAAGUCACCCCUUGGUGGUGCUGGUGUGUGAUAACGGAGAGCCCUCCCUGUCCGCCACUGUGUCUAUUGAUGUAGUGGUGGUGGAGAGCACAGCGGACAUUCAGACUCAGUUCAGACAUGUGCCCAUAAAGGAGGACAGCUUCUCGGAUUUAAACCUGUACCUGCUCAUCGCCAUUGUGGCGGUGUCAGUCAUCUUUCUGCUCAGUCUCAUCACGUUAAUAGCAGUGAGAUGUCACAGGACAGAGAGCUCUUUCAGCAGGUACAGCGCCCCCAUGAUCACCACCCACCCUGACGGGAGCUGGUCCUACUCCAAAUCCACUCAGCAGUAUGACGUGUGCUUCAGCUCAGACACACUCAAGAGCGACGUAGUGGUUUUCCCCGCCCCGUUUCCUCCUGUAGAUGCGGAACUGAUCAGUAUUAAUGGAGGAGACACUUUCACCAGGACACAGACUUUACCCAGUACAGAGAAGGUAUGGCUUGGAAUAUGA